AUUUGCAAUUCCAUUUUCAUUAAAUUGAAAUUCACCAUUUUUUUUUUUUUCUCUAAAAUUGAUUUCUUGAUUUAUGGAGAGAGGAUGGGGUGCUGUUGCCCUUGACAAUUCCAAUUCUAACCACAUCGACUAUUUAAUGUUCGGCCUUCCUAGGAAUAACGGGGGCUUCAGCAUGUUUCCGGUGACCUCCAACGACGGCGCCGCUUCCUCGCCGCCGCGGCGGGUGGUCGACUUUUUUGCCGAGAAAAAGCCGCCGCCGCCGCCGAUAGGCGGCAGUAUUGUCAAGAAGGAAAACUCACUCGCAGAAGAAGCCGCUUAUUUCGACGACGUUAAUACUGGUUUGCAGCUUGUGACUGCAGCAACCAGUGGACGACGAAGCUAUCAAUCAAUGGUGGCUUCUGAAAUCGAAGAUGAAAGGGUCAAACAAGAGGUGGCGCAGCUGCAAUUUGAGGUGGAAAGAAUGAAUUCGGAGAAUCAGAGGUUGAAGAAAAUGGUGAUGCAAGUGAGCCACAAUUACUCCACACUGCAGAUGCAUUUGGCGGCGAUCAUGCGACCACCAUCUGGUACGGACAAGAAAAUCCUAAUAAACGACGUCGUACAAUCGAACUCGUCGUCCGAAGAAAGAACCCUAUCUGAGUCGGAAUUAUCCAGAAACAAGAAGACGAGGAAAAUGAAGAAUCUUAGCCGAGAAGAUUCCCCUGAAUCUGCAUCCAACAAACCCCCCAAAUUGAUUCCCGACCAAUCGGCGGCGGAGGCCGCCACCAUGCGCAAGGCACGUGUCUCCGUCAGAGCUCGCUCGGAAGCUCCCAUGAUCUCCGAUGGAUGCCAAUGGAGGAAGUACGGACAAAAAAUUGCGAAAGGGAAUCCAUGCCCACGUGCUUAUUACAGGUGUACAAUGGCGCCCGGCUGUCCGGUGCGCAAACAGGUGCAAAGAUGUGCGCAGGAUCGAACGGUGCUGAUCACCACCUACGAAGGUACCCACAGCCACCCUUUGCCGCCGGCCGCCGUGGCCAUGGCGUCCGCCACCACCUCCGCCGCAGACAUGCUUCUAUCAGGCUCGACGCCGACCGCCGACGCCUUGUUUAACAACCCCAAUUUUCCGGCGAGAUCCAUCUUCCCCGGCUCCACGAACAUGGCCACAAUAUCAGCCUCCGCGCCGUUUCCGACGAUCACGAUCGACCUAACGCAGACCCCAACUCAGCCGCAAAACCUAAUUCCGGCGGCUUCCGCCGCCGCCAAUCAACAAUCGCUGAUUCCUCAAUUAUUCGGGCAGCCGGUCUACACUCAAUCCAGGUUUUCGGGGCUGCACAUGUCUAACGACGCCGAGAAACCGCCGCCGUUGACAACCGACACACUGACGGCGGCGAUCGCCGCCGACCCGAAUUUCACGGCGGCCCUUACGGCGGCGAUAUCUUCCAUCAUCAGCGCAAGAAACAGCAACCAAUCUACGGGCGGAAAUCUCCACACGAGUGAUGACACCAACAAACAAAAUUAAAAAUUUAAUCACUGUAAUAACUUUCCAUGUAUGUUUAUAAUACAAACAAAAUAAAUACACGUACAUUAAUUAUUUAU